AAUUUGAAUAGUCAGUAAACCGGCGAAGCAGCUCUUACAAUCAAGCAGCCAGCAAGGAGCAAACCUAGCUUUGUCGCUGUUCAGUUUAGUUUUUUAUUAAUGUUUUAAUUGCCACAAACAAUAAACGAACUUGUUAUGUUAAAACUAGCAAAUGCUAUACCGUGUCUUCGCGCGGAUGUCGUACGAGGUGACUAAGGGAAAAUAAUGGGAACUACUAGGCUACUUCUAUCACGUACUAAGAACACCAUCCCGACUGCCCAGCGUAGUGAUUUUGGUGAAACCCUCCCGUUGUGAUCAGUGGCGUGCACAUGUUGUCGACCAGGGCAUGCAUUAGGCAGAUAAAUAAAACAGCAAGAAUGGCACUGCAGUCAUCAUUGUUCCCCGGGAGCACCGGGGCGUGCUCUAGUCAUAGGAUAAGCGUCUGUUUCUUUGCCAUGUUUUUAUUAGGUUUCUCCGUCGCACAAACUCAGAAAGAAAGGUUAUAUGUGAAUAUCACAGACAUCAACCUUCUUGUGGAUAAGACAUUACUCUUUCAGGUUAUACAAGUAGGAGAAUUCAACACAUCACUAACAGUAGCAGCGCAAAUCCAGCACCCCGACAUAGUGCAGUUCUCUCCACCAGUAAUCGAAAUACCAGGUUCCGCGGAUCCCAACACUACGGCCAUUUUCACCUACGAUGUAAGCGCUUACGGGAAAAGUCCGGGCCAUUCUGAAGUCACGUUUAAUGUGACACCAUCUGGAAUUGUCAACUUACAGUCAGUAUUUCUUCGCGUAACGGUGAUGUAUUCCUACCACAUCUACAUCAUAUCGUACAUAAUGGGCUGGAUUUACUUCGUGGCGUGGUCGAUCUCCUUCUAUCUCCAGAUCUACAUCAACUUCAAGAGGAAAAGCGUGGUCGGCCUUAACUUUGACUUCUUGGCACUCAAUAUUAUGGGCUUCACCAUGUACUCACUCUUCAACUGUGGGCUAUACUUCUCCGAAGUUAUACAGGGUCAAUACUUCAGCCGUCACCCCCGCAGCCACAACCCUAUACAGCUGAACGACGUUUUCUUCUCACUGCACGCCUGUUUCGCCACGCUCGUCACCAUCACACAGUGCUUCAUAUAUGAGAGAGAGGACCAACGGGUAUCCAACGUCGGUCGUUCGAUACUUGGCGCUUUCAGCGGCGUGGUCAUAGUGACCGCUAGUCUUGGCGCAGCUAACAAGAUAGAGUGGCUCGACUUCCUCUACUACUGCAGCUACAUCAAACUGUGCAUCACGCUCAUCAAAUACGUGCCUCAAGCAUACAUGAACUUCAAGCGCAAAUCGACAGUCGGUUGGUCCAUCGGCAACAUUUUCCUCGACUUCACCGGCGGUUUCCUCUCCAUCCUCCAAAUGACGCUCAACGCUUACAACUACAACGAUUGGAUAUCCUUCUUCGGUGACGCCACCAAGUUUGGUCUUGGCGCGUUCUCUCUAGCGUUCGACAUCUUCUUCAUGUUGCAACACUAUGUGUUCUACAGACUGGACAAGGAAUUUAUGAUUGUUGACAGUAGCGACGAGGGGUCUACUAUGACCGGUAGCGCGGAUUCGAGUGAAUACUUUUUGAUUAAAACUUGGCACGCGGACGAGAAAAAAUACGAUUUAGAAGCGAAGUCGUGAUGGAACACACUGCUCAAUCUAUGCCGCCAGUUUUAUAAUGUUAAUUAACUAGUUAUUUAUUUUCAUCGGUUUCCUUCAAGUUUUUGUAAUUUUGGAAGGAAAAUAAUUUUAAGUUUCGAUAGUUGAAUUUUUCAAAAUUUUUGGUUAACUGUAUAAUGAAAAUGUUACAAUCGUUAGUAGAACCUGCAAUAUAUACGCUCGUGGGUUUAAGUAUUUUUCGUUUCUGUGCAAAACAGCCAGUUUGCUGCGAAGCUGAAGACAUUUUUCUUCCCGGGUAAAGGACAACAAGUUAUCUUCUCCCACAGCUUUAUCAACCCUCCAAACAUGGACGCAUGUGUGAAAAUAAUAUCCAAAUUAUAAACUUUUGUCGCCGUAUCUUACCUUACCUUUUAUAUACCUCACAAAACAAUAAAAUUCCUUCUACCGGAAUAAACUACGAGCUUUCGUGACCUCUUUUUUUGCUACUCUGCGACUUUCCAUUCUAAUAGUAUUGUUUGUAUAUCGAGUUUUAAAAGAAAUACUCUUCGAUGAUAUUUCAUUGCCUAAUUAUACAAAUUAAAAAAAGAAAAGUUUUUUUUAUCUGUUAUAAUUUAAUAAAACAUUAAAUCGAUUAGAAUUAGCUCCAAUUAUGUCCCCAAAAGUAUGUAACGAACUUUUCAGUACAGUUAUAAAAUAGAAAUUUUUGAUCGGGAGUACUGACUGCUAUUUUAUAAGAUUAUUGUUGAUCUUCAUUGUUAAUUUAAAGUGUCUAUGUUCUAAUGAUCUGUGAUGAAGAAACACAUUUUAUAUUAAAAUGUGAUUAAUA